GCACUGUCAGCAUCUGGGAAUCAAUACCGUGAAUAUAACCUACGCGUUGGAACUAUGUCACUACCUUCGUUCCACGCUAUGGGGUUGUUCAUUCAGCUUAUCAUUCCAAUCUACGUUGGGAUUACGGUUGCGGUUUAUCCUCCCCUAGUUAUCGAGAAAGGGGCUUUACCACUAGCACCCACACCUGACAACGUCAUCGAACAUUUCAGGCGAACGCAAUGCAGUACCUGUAUUGCUAUACCUGCCAUGCUUCAAAUCUGGUCUCAAUCUCCCUCGAGCAUGGAUGUACUGCGGUCGAUGAAGGUUAUUCUCACCGGAGGAGGACCUUUAUCCCAUGCAACAGGUGAUUAUCUCAUUUCAUGCGGAGUUCGUGUGCGCUCUAUCUAUGGACUCACCGAAUGCGGGUCCCCAAGCAAAUGGAGUAUGGAAGAUAGUUAUGAGGAUUGGUCAUGGCACAGAUUCCCGGACAGUCCUUAUAUCCGAUGGGUUCCUCAAGGAGACGGAACUUUCGAACUUCAGAUCUUAAACACGGACACAUAUCGUGUAUCCGUAGAAAAUAUUCCAGACGUCUCUGGGUAUGCUACGUCUGAUCUUUGGGUUCCUCAUUCGUCAAAGCCGGGUUUGUGGUCAAUCGUCGGAAGACUAGACGACGUCAUUAUACACUCGUCUGGAGAAAAAACUGUUCCAGCGCCAUUCGAGGAUGUAAUCAAUAAGAGUCCCUUGAUAAUUGGUGCAAUAAUGUUUGGUCGCCAACGCGACCAGCCUGGGUUGUUGCUUGAACCUUCUCCUGAGAAUCAGAUCGACGUCAACGAUCCAACUCAAGUAUCUAGUUUCCGCAACAAGAUCUGGCCUGUUAUUGAAGAAGCCAACAAGCAAGUCCCCGCUUUUAGUAAAGUCUACAAGGAAAUGAUCCUCAUUGCUUCGUCGACCAAGCCACUGCCGCGAGCUGGAAAAGGCACUGUCAUGCGAAAGGCAGCAUACAACGAGUACGAAAAAGAGAUUGACCAAAUAUAUGACACAGUGACUAGUAAUUCCUCGGUUGAGCCUCCUUCAGGUUGGGAGAUUCCAGCUUUGAAGCAAUGGCUCACUUCACAAGUGGAAAAUCUUUGCGAAAAGUUAUUAGACGAAAAGGACGAUAUAUUCGAUCAUGGCUUUGAUAGUCUCUGUGCAACCGUUCUUCGAUUGCGUAUAAUCAGUGCACUUCGAAGCUCUGGCGAUUCUUCUUUGCAGGCUGCUUCACGUCUCGUUUCAGAGAACGUCGUCUACAACCAUCCUACCAUCGCAACCCUGACUCAAUAUCUUUUUGAGCUCGGCGCUCAAGAUUCUGGUAGUCAAAGUUCCCGCAGUCAUGAAGAAGCAAUCGAAGAUAUGAUUACUUCGUAUUCUCAAGGACUGGACCCGAUCACUUCUUACUCGAAUGGUGACUUGAACGGGGCCAGCGUCUCAGGUCGGACUGUCGUUCUCCUUACAGGCUCGACAGGCAAUCUUGGCGCUCAGAUUCUUGCGGAUUUACUCUUGAAUGACUCUGUUUCUUUUGUCUAUUCGCUCAAUAGACCUUCGACCCGUGUCUCAAUACAACAGCGACAACGAGAGCGUUUCCAGGAUAAAGCACUCGAUGAACGGCUUCUUUCUUCAGAUAAGCUCCUCUUGCUUGAAGGAGAUACUUCUCAGCCGAUGCUUGGUCUAUCAACUGAAAUCUAUGAAAAGCUUAGGAAUAGCUUGACACACAUUAUCCACAAUGCGUGGAGGUUAGAUUUCAAUCUCUCGUUAUUUUCUUUUGAACCACAGGUUCGUGGAAUGCGAAACCUUAUAGAUCUCGCUCGGUCCUCUCGGCACGCAUCAAGUUUGCGUUUUCUGUUCACCUCUUCUAUCGGUUCUGCACAAUCGUGGGAUUCAAGAUCGAUGGGUCCAUAUCCGGAAGAAGUUAUUUUGGACCCUAAGUAUGCUGUCGGAGGGGGGUAUGGGGAGAGCAAAUAUAUUUCGGAGAGGAUCCUAGCUAAGAGCGGCCUGCAUGCAUCAUCUUUUCGAAUUGGCCAAAUUGCAGGCGGGAAACCGAAUGGCGCUUGGGCUAUGAGCGACUGGCUCCCUAUGAUCAUCAAAUCAAGUCUCGCUUUGGGCGUGCUUCCAGAUGCAAAAGGGGAUAUUUCGUGGGCUCCGCUCGAUGCACUCGCCGAAGGUAUCCUCGAUGUAGCAUUCGCAAAGGAGGAUCCUCCAGUGGCUAUAAAUCUCGUCCACCCUCAACGCGUGUCAUGGACAAUUAUCAUGGAGGCAAUGCGCGAAUGUCUCAUUCUUGCGAAGCACCUGCCUUUAGACGCGUUGCCUUUGGUCCCCUUCCGGAAAUGGACGCAAGCUUUAUCGGAUAAAGCCUUAGCUGCAGAGUCCGGAAGUAACGGUAACGGAGUGACACCGGAGAAAAUCACUUUGAAAGAAAUUCCUGCAGCCAAAAUUCUGGAAUUCAUCCGUGGAAUGGCCAAUUCCAGUGAAGUCAAGGGGACCGGAGAAGGAGAGUCAGAAGCACUUGGGGGGUCAAUUUUUGGCACAGAGAAUAUUCAAAGGAUCAGUAAGAGGAUGAGAGAACUGGCACCUAUUGGACGCAACGAUGCUGAACUUUGGGUGAAGUACUGGAUACAGCAUGGCCUCUAGAAUGUGGGAUACAAAUAUGUACAUACGUGUAAUCGAGUGCAUCAAGUUAGGAUAAAACCUUUCUCGAUCACACGUAUAAGGAUUAAUCUUGAAUGCACUGGCCUUAUAGAUUACUGUUCAAUAUAUGACUUGGAGAGGGGUUCUCGCGCGCAC